CGAUUGUGACUCGGCACAAAAAAACCGCAUCGGCCAAUCGUUUACCAAAACAAAUCCGAUUUUUUCUCAUUUUCCGUGAAAAUAUCAAACAAAAAGCCACAAAAUGUCGUUCAAGGCGAAUCCCAAAGUACAAAAGAUCAUGGUGAUGCCCAUCAAUCUUACCUUCCGUAUGUUGCAGAACCGGUCUCGAGUGCAAAUCUGGCUUUAUGAAAAUACAAAUCUCCGGAUCGAAGGGCACAUUGUUGGAUUUGACGAGUACAUGAACUUAGUGUUGGACGACGCGGAGGAAUUUCAUGUGAAAACACAGAAUCGGAAGCCACUUGGAAGAAUCAUGUUGAAAGGAGACAACAUUACGCUCAUCCAAAAUGUGAAUCCAGACCAAUCGGGAUAAUUUUUCGGGCAUCUCACAAUACAUUCAUUUCAUGUACCGCUGUAAGGAUAAAUAAAUUUUGGUAUUAUUUAAGAAUGAAA